AUGGCGUACUCACCCCUUGCCGCUGCUCUGGCACGCAAACUUAGCGGUCGCUUCUUGAUUCUUGUUGGUGGUGCACUCUAUGGAGUUGGUCUGGUGGUGUCUGCUUUAACGCACAGUGUCGCCAUCUUGGCUAUUUCACUGGCCGUUGUUUCUGUUAAGACUGGAACAGGGAUAGCCUGUGUAUUGGAUCUCAUCCAUGCCGAAGUAGCUGUCUACUUCCAGGAGAAGUACGCCCUAGCAGUCUUCAUUGCGGUUACUGGUACUCCAGUCGGUAUGAUGCUGUACGGACCAAUAACCCAAGUUCUCGUGGAUACGUACGGUUGGCGAGGAGCAAUGCUUCUUUUAGGUGGGUUUGGUUUCAAUCUUGUUGUAGGAGGAAUGUUGGUACGAAGGCCGACAGCUUCGUAUCAAGAAGUCCCCGACCACGAAGAGCACCACAUAAUUGAUGGUAAAAACUCUCCUGGUAUAUCUACAGAUGAAGCCAAACCAACUAAGUCAGUGGUAUCCAAACUCUGGAAUUCAGUUUUCUCGGCACUAUGUCUCGAGGUAUUCUUCAGUGCUGACUUCGUGAUUCUGGCCGCUAAAAGAAUGCUGUAUAGUAUUGCAUUCGGCGGAUCGGUCAUCUACGUCGUGCCUAAUGGUCUGGCGCUUGGUCUGACAACCAGCGAGGCGGCAUUUCUGACUACAGCUUGGGGGGUUGGCGACCUGGCUGGAAUGCUUUUCUCUGCUUAGACUUUGCACAUCAAGGUGCUUUCGGUUCAAAAUGCUGAGGUUCUUGUUGUGAUUGUUUCUGUCCUGGGAUUAAUUUUGCAGCCCUUCGUCGCUUCAUUCGUUGGUCAGAUUGUGCUCGCGUUGAUCGUAGGAGCCUGUAUGGGUUUGUGUUAUCGAGGGGAUACUUGUCAUGACGAGGUGUCUACCUUUUGGUGACGACAAAUUUGUCAGUGUGUUGGGCUGGCAAACAUUUCUGAGUGAAGUAGCAGCUGCCAUUGGAGAUAUU